AUGACAGAUUCACUGCGUACUUUAACAACGCCAAUUGACUAUGAUCAAUAUGACACCGAUGAGGAGGCGCCGUUCACUGAAGAAACCCCACUUGCGGCGACUUCAAGAGAUAUAGACGAAGAUGAUAUCUUACCUUUUCCUUCGACAACUAAUAAUAAGGGUAGCUCUUGGGUUACUUUCAAAACCCGGCUUAGAUAUUAUGUUCCGGUCUUCAGUUGGCUGCCAACUUAUUCAUUUCAAACCUUUUGGGGUGACUUUGUUGCCUCGUUGACUGUCACAGCCAUUUUACUGCCUUCGGGUUUAUCUUAUUCUGUAUUGGCAAAAUUACCAGCUGUUCACGGUUUAUAUAGCAUUGUAAUACCUGGAAUAGUUUAUUCUUUUCUUGGAACUUCUAGGCAAUUAGUUAUUGGUCCUGAAGCUCUGGUAUCUAUGCUUGUCGGUUCUUCAAUAGUACAACAACAAGAAUAUUUAGAUUCAAAUGAUCCUGGAACAGCCAUUGUAAUUGCUGGAUUAAUUACAUUUUUUGUGGGCAUCUUGACGCUAAUAAUCGGCAUAUUUAGACUGGGUUUUAUCGAUUCUUUAUUAUCUCGUGCUCUUUUAAGAGGAUUUAUCUCGGCUGUAGCAAUCGUGAUCAUAAUUGAACAAUGUUUAACAAUGACUAUGUUAACGGAACAGGCGACUAGAGCUGGUGUUGGUCAUGCCUCAUCGACCGUAGAAAAACUCAUUUAUAUAGUCACUCAUUUUGAUGGUGUCCAUAUACUUGGACAUAUUCAGGGUGGUGGAUUUCCUUCUUUCCAAAUUCCUAAACCACCACCUAAACUACAUAUACUGGAUUGUUUUGAAACCGCCGUUUUGAUUUCAAUUGUUGGGUUUGUAGAAUCUAUCGUGGUUACCAAAACCUAUGCGACAAAAUAUAAUUAUUCUGUCAGCGCAAAUCGUGAAUUGGUAGCUUUAGGUUCUGCUAAUUUAAUAUGCAGCUUUUUCCAAGGUUUUCCUGCAUAUGGUGGUAUGGCGAGGAGUAGCAUAAAUGAUAGAGCUGGUGCUAAGACACAACUUGCUGGAUUAAUAACCUGCAUUGUUGCAGCGUUAACUUUAAUGCAUGAACUUCCUGAUGACUUGCAUUUCAUGUACAAGAUCAAAGCAUGGAAUGAUUUUGGAUUACUAUUUUUGACUUUCUUUAUCACAAUUUUUGUCUCAAUCGAAUAUGGCACAUUGAUAUCAGUUGCGUUGUCCUUGGUGCUUGUGAUCAAACAUACUACUUAUCCACGUAUCUCCAUAUUG